AUGGAAAGUACUGGAAGUAUCGAAAAGUCGGAUCGCUUACAGAGCGUGCAACAGACGUACAUAGCCUUGUCCGACAAUGCAGGAGCAUAUUCGAAGAAGAUCGACGUGGCUCUACCUGAAAACCACACGCCUGAGGCCGCCGAGGCCGCCGCCGAUGGGGCGCCGAACACUUUGAGAAGCAACACUGAGAAGACUUGUAUCUCAUCCCGCGAGCAACCGCAGCAGUGA